AUGGAUGUGACAAAGGAAUUACCCAUAGAAUUCGAAGUAGUGGAUCCGGAAGGGAAGCUUUUCACCCAGUAUGUGAGCUAUGAUUGGAGACCUCUAUUUUGCAAAUCAUGCCUAUCAUUUGGCCAUGAAUGCAAACCUGAGCCUAAAGCACCACCAAAGAAACCUCAGGAGGAGGCACAUACCAAAAAGCAGGUUCCACAAGUUAGAGGAGGAUAUAAGGGAAAUGUAAAUACAAAUUUACAGUGGAUUGGAAAGCAGCAGACCACCAAGGAGCCUGCUAAUGUUGAUAUAGGGAAAGCUAAGCAGCAUAAACAGAACCAGACUCAUCAGCAAAAGGGAAAAGAGAAGAAUGAACCAGCAAACAAGCAAGUGACAAUCCUUUCAAGGGAACCUGGUACUAAUGCCACUCCUAAGACUACUAAUAUUACAUCUAGUAUGUCAUAUGCUGCAGUGGUACAGCAUGGGAAACCAAUUUCCUUUGCUAUGACAAGAAUGGAACCAAAAUUUGCAAGUAGUGUAGCAGUAAUAGCUAGAGGCUGGAAACAUGCUAAUAACUACUCCCAGGCUCCAAAUGAAAGGAUAUGGCUGCUGUGGAGGGGGGAAGAUGUCUCUGUAACAGUCCAAGAAGUUCAUGCUCAAUAUAUUCAUUGCCAGAUCAAGGAUAGACUUUCUCAGUUUCAUUGUGCACUAACUGUGGUGUAUGGUAGCAAUGAUAGCAAUGAGAGGAAAGCAUUAUGGGAUGGGUUAGUGCGGUCUGUUCGUAUCGUUACCUUUCCUCGGUGUAUGUGUGGGGACUUUAAUUCCCCUUUGAACUAUGAAGAUAGAGUGGGAGGUCAACCAGUUGCUGAUCAGAAGGUACAAGAUUUCAGAGAUGUUUGUCACAAUUUAAAACUUACAGAUAUGAAAUCAACUGGAAGAUUCCUAACUUGGACCAAUAGACAUAUAUGGAGUAAGAUUAACAGAGCAUUAUGUAAUCCUGAAUGGAUGAUUCAACGUGGUAUUAUCACAGCAAAAUUCUUGGAGAACCACUUUUCAGAUCACUCUCCAAUUCAUAUGGAGCGUGUAGUAACUACAGAAACAAGAAGCAAACCAUUCAGGUUUCUUAAUGUACUAGCUGAAAAUGACCAGUUCUUACAAUUAGUGGAAAAUUGUUAG